AUGAUGAUUAUUAAGGCAUGGAACCUAGCUAAGCCCGACCCGGUGGAGAAUAUACCCAGUCGUGUUGCUAAAUUGGUUGAUCAAUUCAGUCAACCGAUAAAGAAGCAGCUUACGGUGAGUGACGUGAAGGAGGAUCAACGUAGGCUCAUGUUGGGGAAGGAUGAAGUGAAAAAAAAGAUGCAUCCUCUUUUAACAGGUUCUGAGAUUAAGCGAUUGACAGAAGGGCUUGAUGUUACGGUGUAUGGACCAGGGAAGGUGUCUAGGACAAUGAGGUUCAAGAUGUGGAGCAGCACGCCUGUGUUGACUUCGGGAUGGAAAGGGUUCGUGGAUGCAUGUGAUCUCAAGGAGCAUUGUGAUUUUAUACAUAUUUGGAUGUUUAGGCGCAGAGAGACUCGUGAGCUUUGCUUCGUUAUUGACAAGACUAAGUAUUCUACAAUAACGAAACCGCUGGCUAAGGAGAUCUCGGACCAAAUUAAUUAG